CGCCGAUUCCUUUCGUAGAUUCCACGGAACUACGUUCUUACUUCUACAAAAGUAGAGCAUUGUCAGUCACAAACAGCAGACUAAGCAAGUGCAGAGUUAUCUUUGCGCGUCAGCAGCAGACGAGAACCAACAACCAAUAUACAAAUGCUUUUGAUAUUAUCCGCAAUACUACAACAAAUCGAAGCAGGAGCUUUAAUUAUCAGCACCAGUGUCACCGUAAACCACAACAAUUGCGACCGUCAGCAAGGAGAGUGCGUUCAUUGGGAACACACGCAGAACAUCCCGCAACAACAGAAACAGCAGCAAAUGAUUUUAGCCUUCAGUUAAAGUCAGUAGACGGCAAAUCAACCGAGUGCAAAUAAUCCACGGCAGGAGUCUGGGAAUUUAAAAGACACCACUAAGGGGCUGUGUAAAAGAACGUUCGGCAAUUAAUUUGCGAUCAUCGUCAAUAUCAGUUGCAGACCAACAGCAUCACCAUGGGUACCGUCAAUGUAAACCGCAAUGUAACGGAUGUGUUCUACCGUUAUAAAAUGCCAAGAAUAAAUGCAAAAGUCGAAGGCAAGGGAAAUGGAAUUAAAACAGUGAUCGUCAAUAUGGCUGAAGUGGCACGUGCUAUCGGACGUCCGGCAACUUAUCCGACCAAAUACUUUGGUUGUGAGUUGGGAGCCCAAACCCAGUUUGAUUACAAGAAUGAGCGCUUUAUUGUGAAUGGUUCUCAUGAUGCAAACAAACUGCAAGACCUGCUGGACGGAUUCAUCCGGAAAUUUGUAUUGUGUCCAGAAUGUGAUAACCCCGAAACCGAAUUGCUGGUAUCAGCUAAAAAAGGAACAAUUUCGCAAGGGUGCAAAGCAUGUGGAUUCCACGGUCCUCUUGAAGUCAACCAUAAGGUGAAUACAUUUAUUCUCAAAAAUCCUCCGAACGUAAAUCCGGCCACUCAAGGGGCAUCAUUGACCGAAGGAAAGCGCAGCAAACGAUCAAAGAAAGCUGGAGAGAAUGGCGAUGAUACAUCGGCUAACAACAGCACCAUGAACGAAGCCGACACGACAGGGGACGAAACUAUUGAAUCCCAUAUUGGAGGUGAUGAUGGUGACGAUGACGUUAACUGGACUGUUGAUACCUCCGAGGAGGCAGUGCGUGCCCGCAUGCAGGAUCUCACCGAUGGAGCAAAAAAUAUUACUGUAUCGGAUGACUUUGAUAAAACCGAGAAGGAGCGUUUGGACAUUUUCUAUGAGCUAGUUAAAAAGAAGCGUGAUUCUGGGGAAUUGGAUAAUGUGCCAACACAUAAAGAACUUGCUACUGAAGCCAGUCGAUUAGAUAUUCAUGCUAAAGCUCCGCUGGUUUUAGCUGAAUUGCUUUUCACUGCUAACAUUAUUCCGGAAGCACGCAAACAUCGUAACUUGCUACUCCGUUUCACCCAUAAUGAUGUUAAGGCCCAAAAGUACUUCAUCGGAGGAUUGGAACAAAUUGUCUCUUUGCAUGCUGAUAAGCUUAUGGAUAAGGUUCCCGGCAUUCUCAAGUUUCUUUAUGACAAUGACAUCCUCGAAGAGAAAGCUAUUUUGGAGUGGUCGCAAAAAGUGAGCAAAAAGUAUGUCUCGAAGGAAGUUGCUACUCAAAUACACGAGAAGGCUAAUCCGUUCGUUAAGUGGCUGCAAGAAGCGGAAGAAGAAGAAUCAUCCGAGGAGGAAGACGACUCAGAAGUCGAGAUCGAGUACGACGACCGUGCCAAAACCGAUUCAUUGCGCAAGGAACCAGCCAAGCCGGAAGUCAAAAAGGCUGUCAAACCAGCCGACGAAGAAGAAGAAGGUGACGAUCUCAAUAUUGACGAUAUCUAAUUAUGCAUAUUCUGCUCCCCUUGGAUACAAAACCAGAUUGUUUUUGCGUUCCAAAAUUAUAAAAGUAACCGAAAUAAUAUAAUUCAAUCAAAAAUUAACUGCAAUUCAAGUAAACUAUUCCAAAUUUCAGCGAACGCUUAGCGUAGAAUUGUAGAACACGAACCAGAUAAAAUGUAGAGCAAAUCAUUAAGUAAACUUUACUACCACACGAAAACUAAAAUCAUUGGCAUCAGUUUAUAAGAAAUAGCAAAUAAAUCCAAUUUUCAAUGUACCAUAAUGGAGCUUGAAAGAUUUUGAAUAUGUUCAUUAUAUAUCUAUACAGUGCUAUUGUUUUCACUAUAUAUUUGAUGUAUCGUUAAUCGUCUUCGAGCUGUCUUCAUGGGAUCAAUGUAACGGAUAAUUCCUUUUUUGCGCUUUAUCAUUUCCUGAGUUUCUAUAAACUAGUUUAUCCAGAAAAUUGAAAAUAAAUUCAACUCGCUUUUAAGCAUAGACUGCUAGCAAGCAACAUGAAGAACCAACGUGUUUGUUGGACUGAAAAAAUGAAUCAUAAUGUUAGCAGUACGAAUGUUAUUGUAAACAAAUUAUGUUCAAUAAAUACGCGAUUUUGAAA